AGACUAUUCCUGCUUGCAUUCAACUCUCCUAGCCUUGUGCCUUCACUGUUCUCCGCAUUCCACAGGCAAAAACGAGAGAGAUUUCAAUUUCAAGACACAAGGGGAGGAGGGGAGCCCAUAGGAAAACAGAACAUAGGCACUGCAAAACCAUGGACACAGUUUCAGGUUUUCCAACCUCCAUCAUCUUCUUAAGCCUAACCCUGCAAAUCAUGCUUUGCUUGACCUCGAAAGAGCAGAUUUACACAAGCUUCGAAGGGGAAGUAUCAGCUGCAGCAGAGGAGGAUCAUCAAUCAUCAUCAUGUGGAGGUGUUGCAGAGCGGUUGCAAGUAGGUUCAUGUGCACCUCAACUUCAACCUCAACCUCAACCUCAACCUCAACCUCAAUCUCAGCCGUUGGAUGGUGGGACCAUGUGGGACUGGCUCCUAAAGACCCCAUCUUGAGUGUUACAGAGGCGUUCCUGGCUGACACUAACCCCUACCGGAUCAAUCUCGGAGUGGGGGCUUAUAGGGACGACGAAGGGAAACCGAUAGUGCUUCAGUGUGUUCGAAAUGCGGAGGCCAAAAUUGCGGGUAGUGAUUUCAUGGAGUCACAUUCAAAUGCAGUUAGUUCAAAACUUGUUGAGGAAAGUGUGAAAUUGGUUUAUGGUAGAGAUGCAGAUGUAGUUAAAGAAGGGAGAUUUGCUGGAGUUCAAGCUCUUUCUGGCACUGGUGCUUGUCGUCUGUUUGCUGAGUUCCAGAGGCAUUUUUACCCUGAAUCACAAAUCUUUUUACCUGUGCCAACCUGGUCCAACCACCACAACAUUUGGAGAGAUGCCCAGGUUCCAGAGAGAACCUUCCGCUACUACCAUCCUGAUUCGAAGGGAUUACACUUUAGAGCACUCUUGGAUGAUAUCAAGAAUGCCCCAAAUCGUUCUUUUUUCUUACUCCAUCCUUGUGCUCAUAAUCCAACUGGAGUUGACCCUACUGAGGAACAGUGGAGGGAAAUCUCGCUUGCACUCAAGGCAAAGAAUCAUUUUCCCUUCUUUGACAUGGCUUAUCAAGGUUUUGCCAGUGGUAAUCUUGAUAAAGAUGCCCAAGCAAUCCGGAUAUUUCUUGAUGAUGGACAUUUAGUUGGCUGUGCUCAGUCCUUUGCGAAGACUAUGGGAUUAUAUGGACACAGAGUGGGAUGUCUCAGCAUUCUUUGCAUGGAUUCAAAGCAAGCUAGUGCAGUUAAAAGCCAACUACAGCAGAUUGCCAGGGCAAUGUACAGCAGCCCACCUGUUCAUGGUUUAUUAUUGGUUUCAACAAUCUUGAGUGAUCCGGAUUUAAUGGCCCUUUGGGUGGAAGAGGUGAAGGUUAUGGCAAAUCGUAUUGAGAAAAUGCGGGCUACUUUGCGUGAAAAUCUGGAGAGAUUGGGUUCUCCUCUCAAUUGGGAGCACAUAACUGACCAGGUUGGGAUGUUUUGCUUUUCUGGAUUAUCUCAAGAGCAUGUUGAUCGGUUAAGUAAAGAAUUUCAUAUCUACAUGACUCAUGAUGGCCGGAUAAGCAUGGCAGGUGUAACCACAAGCAAUGUGAAGUACUUGGCAAAUGCAAUACAUGAAGUUACCAGAUCAACUAAAGCUGCCUAGAUUCUCACAUCAGGUUUUGUUACUUUUUUAUACGGCUGAUUUGUACCUCCAAUGUAGGUACCUUACAUUUGACAUCGUACUGUUGUCCACAAACAUUUGAAAGUCAAUGUUUCAAGGGAUAAGAAAGAAGCCCACUGUACAAAUUUGUGUGGUUCAUCUUAGCUGUUGUGACACAAAUCAGAAUUCUUUAACAGAUAAGAGAGGGAUAAUGCAAGCAGAGGCAUUUUUAUUUUC